UCACCAAAACGAAAACUGGUACGAACCUGAAAGCGUGUCACGGCGGUUUCAAGUAGCUUACUCCUCUAGCCCCGAUUUCCGAAUUUCCCGAUCCCCAAAUCCUCCACCUUCUUCCCUCCAAGCGAACCCUCAUUCUCUCUCCAUCGAGGUUUGCAUCAGGCGAGACCCGAGACCGAAGAGACAGACUGCCGGCGACCAGGGCAGCGAGGGGGCGCGAGCGACCGGGGGGGGGGGGGGGGGGGGUGAAGGCGCCGGCGCCCAGUCGGGCUAGAGUUCCCAAAAAUAACUAGAUGGCUCAAGCUGCAAGGCUGAAUUUAAGAAUGCAGAAAGAGAUUAAACUUCUGCUGAGCGAUCCACCUCCUGGUGUCUCUCUUAAUCUGUCUGAAGAUGAAAGGGCAGUUUCAUCUUUAUCGAGCAUCGAGACCAGAAUUGAGGGACCUGAGGGAACAGUUUAUUCAAAAGGAGUUUUUGUUCUGAAGAUUCAGAUUCCUGAAAGAUAUCCUUUUCAACCUCCCAAUGUGACUUUUGUUACUCCAAUCUAUCAUCCCAACAUUGACAAUGGAGGACGCAUUUGCCUUGAUAUUCUAAAUUUACCUCCGAAGGGUGCCUGGCAACCAUCACUCAACAUUUCUACUGUUUUGACAAGCAUUGGUCUGCUUCUAAGUGAGCCAAACCCUGAUGAUGGGCUGAUGGCUGAAAUAAGUCGAGAGUACAAAUACAACAGACAAGUGUUUGACAUAAAUGCUCGGUCAUGGACUGAGAAAUAUGCUAACCCAGCAGCAGUUGGCACAAGUGGCUGGAGCUCUUUAGAUGUUUCAGUUCUGGCACAGAACACACAGGUGGAGGAAAAGCAGAACCUGGAAUCUUUGCCAGAAGCUUGUAAUAAAGAUUCUGAAGGGAGUCGAAAGAAGAGGCGGUUACUUGGUAUGAAGUUAUCACUAAAAUCAGAAGGAUCUGAAGAGAAUGCCACCGCUCGUAAGCAGGAUACGAUGGCAGGCCACUUGCCAUCGACAGCAAGAUCCAGUGUUCCUACUAUAUGCUUGUCUGAUGUUUCUGUCAAACGGGAUACUACUUCCAAAAACAUGUCUGUCUGUGCAGAUAGUGGAGUGAUUUCAAAGAAAGGAUACCAAGCAAAUAGAAAGAACUUGCAGUUACUUGGGCAGAGACUUUCUGUUAGAUCAGAGGCUCCUAACCAAACUAGGAGUUGCAGCGUGGGAGAUAAGUUAACUAAUCAUCUUCCAGUAUCAGCAUCCGAUACUAAAGACCAUGUCACACAAUCUUCUGAUGAUGUGUUAGCGAAGAGUAUGGCAAAGAGCAUUGAUGGAUCGUCAGAUUGUGUGUCUAAAUUAUCAGAAGGAAAGAUAACAGAUGUGAGAUCGCAUGGUCAGAAGAUGCCAUUGAAAUUGGUAAAGCUUGAAAGCAAAAGCAAUGAUCAGAAGGAAAAUAUGGCUCCAGAUCAUCUUCCUUCACUGUCAGGUUUCAACAGUCUGCAGAAAAGGUCCACAGAUGUUUCAAGGAAAAAUUCUAUUGGAGGUGCUGAUAUGAUUCAGCAGCAUUCUCAUACCGAACAUGUACAUCCAAUUACCCAGCUGGUACCAAAUAGAGAAUGCAACCAAGGUCGAAAGAAGCUGAGUGCACUAAGUAAGAGGCUGUCAUUGAAAUCUGAGCUGUCUGGGAUGGAAAGGACCAGCGACAAGGGGCAUAAGCUAGCUGAUUGUUCUGGUGAUAGGAAGCCCAAUGAAGCGCCACCAUCAGCUCCAGUCCCCGUAAGUCAAAAGAUGGACUCGGGCUCUGUUGAUUCACAGAAGAGCGUCAGCCAAAGCAAUUCUCCCAUCAAACAAAAUGCAACAGCCAGGAAAAAUGCCAUUGGUUCACACCGUGAAGAUAGCACAGGCCUUGUUCGUCCACAGAAAAUUGUGGGCCAAAGCAAUUGUUCCAUCAAACAAAAUGCAACACCGGUGGAGAAUGUUGUUUCUUCCAUCAAACAAAGUGCAGUACCAGUGGAGAAUGCUGUUGUUUCAGACAGCGAAGAUAGUGCAGACGAGCGUGAGAAAAGGCCUUCAAGAUCGAAGUUAUCAUUGAUGAAGAGGCGGUUGGCUGGAAAGCUCAGAAGCUAAUCUCAACCUAUAAACAUAACUUUGGAUGCUGCCGCCAUAAAAACCCUUUGAAGAUGAAGAUGGCUGGUUAGUAAAUCACCUGUGUUGUUUCUGGGUAGAUGAUGCACGUUUUGAUUAUCGAUAUCUUUCCCUAUGUCGUGGGGGACCGUUGGAGACUGACUGUUGUAGGUAGCAUCUACAUAUUCUGGUUGGAACCCAAGUGUAAGCACUGGCAAGUGCAUUAAUUUGCCUUGUUAAUAUAUUUUCCAUCAUCAUGCUGC